UGCACGUUUAAUAACAAUAAUACACUCUUAGUUAACAAUUAAUUAAUGUCACCAAUAAGCCCGGAAAACAUAGUCCCACUUUUACCGGAACAUAAUGUUCCAACGACCUCGUCGAAGCGGCCCUCGGUUUCGGGGGCUGUGUUUAAUGUUUCGACGAGUAUCAUAGGUGCUGGAAUCAUGUCGAUUCCAGCAACUCUUAAAGUGCUUGGUGUGAUACCCGCGUUUGUGUUGAUUGUUGUGGUCGCACUUUUGGUGGAUGUUUCUGUUGAGUUCAUGCUGAGAUUUACGCAUGCGGGUGGGUCCACCACGUAUGCUGGCCUCAUGAAGGAGUCGUUUGGAUGGAUUGGAUCGGUUGCGGUGCAGAUUAAUGUUAUGAUCACCAAUCUUGGCUGUUUGAUCAUUUAUCUCAUUAUCAUUGGGGAUGUGCUCUCCGGGGAUAAAUCUGGAGAAGGUUCGGUACAUUUGGGGGUUCUGCAAGAAUGGUUUGGUAUUCAUUGGUGGAAUUCACGAGAUGUCGCUAUCCUCUUUAUUGUUGUGUUCAUUAUGCUUCCCUUGGUCUUAUUCCGCCGUGUUGAAUUGCUAUCAAUGAGCUCAGCAGUAGCGGUUCUGCUAGCUGUAGUGUUUGUUGGAAUAUGUUCAGCCAUGGCCGUCUCUGCUGCAGUCAAAGGUCAAUCAAGGAGCAUUAGACUGUUACCUCAGUUAGACGAUCAAGCUGCAUUCUUCGAUCUUUUUACUGCCAUUCCUGUUAUCGUUACAGCUUUUACUUUCCAUUUCAAUGUUCAUGCAAUUGGUAUGGAGUUGCGCAAACCUGCGGCAAUGGCAUCUGCAGUCCGUAUAUCUCUAAUACUUUGUGCUCUUAUUUACUUCUCUAUUGGACUAUUUGGUUACAUCCUAUUCGGGAAUUCAAUUGAGGCUGACAUUCUAGUAAACUUUGAUCAAGCAACUGGCUCAAUGAUCGGUUCAGUAUUGAAUGACAUUGUUCGCUUAAGCUAUGCAUUCCACUUGAUGCUGGUGUUCCCUUUGUUGAACUUUUCUUUGAGGACCAACAUUGAUGAACUCCUUUUCCCAAAUAAGUCUCUUCUUGCUAAAGACACCAAGAGAUUUCUGGCCCUUACAUUUAUUCUGUUAGCGACGGCUUACCUUAUUGCCAUGGCCAUUCCAAAUAUAUGGUAUUUCUUUCAGUUCUUGGGAUCAACUUCAGCUUUAUUCAUUGCCUUCAUUUUUCCAGGUGCACUCGCUCUAAGAGAUGUUCAUGGCAUAUCUUCAAGAAAGGACAAGAUAAUCGGAGCAACAAUGAUAAUUUUGGCCGUUGUUACAAGCACAAUUGCAAUUUCAUCAAACCUCGGCUUAGGCAACUAAUUAUGAGUCUUGGUAAUGGUUUUGUGUGUAGUACUCCAUAGUUCUUCUUAGCUUAUUUUCUUACAGAUUAGUAAAUUUUUGUACCUACAUGGAAAUCGAUAUCCGAAGGUCAUGUAAGAUCUACUUUGCCGUUUGUAUACAGAUGUACCAUGUACGUUUCUUAUUGACCUAUGUACCCAAUUAAAUUUCAAAAUGUAAAAAAGUGGUGAUAAUUAUUUUAAAGUUAA